AUGGUCAUGUCCAUUCACCAUCCUGAAGCCAAACAGAUCCCUCAGCCUUUUACUGCCUGCCACAUUCUUUCUGUCCCUGUAAGAGACUGGAGUCACGCUGUGCUGGCCAUGCUGCUUCUACAGGUAUCUAUUCUGCUUUGGUUUGGAGUCUUUAGGUUUGAUUUCUCUGAUGCACUCGUGGACAUGGAACUGAUCCGGACUGAGUCAGCUCUGCUCAAAUCAAAGGUGAUGAUCACCAUUCUGGCUCGCAAUUCUGAACACAGCCUUCCUUUUUACCUGGGCUGCAUCGACCGCUUGGACUAUCCAAAGGACAGGAUUGCUAUCUGGGCUGCAGCAGAUCACAGCAUGGAUAAUACGACGGCCAUGUUGCAGGAAUGGGUGUCUGGAGUGGAGGGACUGUACCAUUUUGUACGAUUCCGGACCACAGAGCAUGGCAAAAGUUACUAUGCUGAUGAGUUUGGUCCCAAGCACUGGCCAGACUCCAGGUUCAGCCACGUGAUGCAGCUGAGGCAGGCUGCUCUCCGAUCAGCCCGGGCUCAAUGGGCUGACUACAUCUUGUUUGCUGACAGUGAUAACUUGCUGACAAACCCGAAGGUCCUGAACCAGCUGAUAGCAGAGAACCGCACACUGGUGGCCCCUAUGCUGGAAUCCAGAGUGCUCUACUCCAAUUUCUGGUGUGGUAUGACCGCACAGGGGUAUUAUAAGAGAAUCGAUUCGUACAUUCCUAUUCGAAACUGGAAGUGGGUAGGGUGCCACGCCGUGCCCAUGAUUCACUCCACCAUGUUGGUGGAUUUACGCCAUCAUGCCAGCCAUGUCCUGGCCUUCUACCCGCUCCACCAGCUCUACCCAUGGAUCCUGGAUGACAUCUUGGCCUUCUCCUUUUCAGCGAGACAGCCAGGACUGCAGAUGUUUGUGUGUAACAGAGAGCAUUAUGGGUAUUUGCCUGUGGCACUGCAGCCCCAGCAGCCCCAGGAGGAUGAGGUGGUGAGCUUCACCUACACACUCACGGAGGCAAUGCUUGAUUUCGCCUUGGAGCCUUCACGCUAUUUGCACAUGCCGUCCAGAAACAAAGAUAGAAUGGCAUUUGAUGAGAUCUACAUCAUUAAUCUAAUGCGGCGCAUGGACCGUAGGGCGCGUAUGUUGCACACUUUGGAUGUUUUGGGGCUUGAAGUCACACUGACCGAUGCAGUGGAUGGCAAAGAUCUGAACUCAUCGCAACUCCAGGUUUUGGGGACUGAGAUGCUACCCAAAUACCAAGACCCCUACUCUGGACAAGUGCUCACUAAAGGAGAGAUCGGAUGUUUUCUCAGCCAUUACAACAUCUGGAAACAGGUGGUAGAACGUAAGCAGCGGCAGGUACUCGUGCUAGAGGACGAUGUUCGCUUUGAACCGAAUUUCAAGAGCCGCCUGAACACGAUCCUGGAGGACAUUUGGCGGACACAGCUCCAGUGGGACUUGAUAUAUGUGGGCCGUAAGCGGUUGCAGGUGAAGAAUCCUGAACGCUGGGUGCAGGGGAUAAAGAAUUUGGUAUACCCUGAUUAUUCCUAUUGGACUCUGGGAUACACACUCUCUCUUCAGGGUGCUAAGAAACUGCUAGAGGCCAAACCUUUGGGAAAAAUGUUACCAGUUGAUGAGUUCCUGCCUGUUAUGUUCAACAAGCACCCUAAGAAAGAGUACCUGGCUCACUUUAAGCAGAGGAACCUGCUAGCCUUCUCAGUGGAAUCUCUCCUCUUCUACCCAACCCACUACACAGGAGAACCUGGUUAUAGCAGUGACACUGAAACAUCCACCAUCUGGGACAAUGAGAACAUUAAUACAGACUGGGACUGCCAGGAUAUCCAUAAAAAACAGAACCAUGGUGGUGCAGCCUCUGUGCCUUUGUCAGAUGGGGGCAGUAGGGAUGAACUCUAA